AUGCUAUCUGCAGACGUCGUUAUUGAUUUCAACCGAUCCCCACUUCGGCAGCUGCAGUUCGCUCGCCCGAAAGCUUGUACAACCAGUCUUGCUGUUUCGUUUUCUACUAACCCACUACUGCUAGUUACCUAUCUUGUCCCCCCUCCACCCAACCUCUCCCGCUUCACAUUUAGGUCCUAUCUAUUUUUCCUUGCGGAUCGCCAGACGCCUCAGGCCGCUCCUGUCAGCGCGCCGUCAAAUGAUGGUCUCACCAACAGUAUCUCGACGUUCUCCUAUGACCCGAAAACCCGUUCCGAGUCGACCGUAAGGUCAGACUACUUACUCGCAAACUGGGUCCAGCAGAACUGA